UAUUUUGCUUGUUUGUUGUUUAAUUUUUGCAAUCUAGAAGCCCGGCAUAUUUUUGUUACUUAUUUUGACUGUUGCUUGGUGUAAUUUAUUUUACUUUCGAAAUGGAGGCUAUCGAUUUCAAUGAUUUUUCUGCAAAGGAACGCGAUGAGAUAAUCACGGCAUUUCUUAAUAAAAUGCGAGAGGCUGACUCUUUGGCCAGUGCUCAAACUUUUUUCGACAAUUAUCUACAGAAAUUCUACAAAUUACCAAUGAAGCUGGUAAAUGACAUUGUGUAUUGCCAGCGUUCCAUGAGGACCAUUUUAAUGACCCAUCGGACCAUUGUGAGCAUCCUAAGCCAGGAGAACGAUGCCGUACAGUUGAUAAAGAACAAUUACCUUGUGGAGUUGGAAGACGAUUUAUAUCACAUAAACGCCGAAUGCCAGUAUCUGGUCCUUCGUCUACAGAAUGACGUUGAUCGCUUCUGUGCAGCCUUCACCGAGCAAAAUCUUCAGCCGAAUCAGACCUUAGUAAAAGAACUUAUAAGUGGUUCCAUUGUGCCGCUGGUGGUGGCCCCCAAUUUGACUAUCAAACCGUUUUUUGUCACAGAACGUCCUACCGAGACCGAGAUGAUUAACAAGUAUAUAGUUUUUAACGGUGCUCCAAAGUGUCUACCAAUAAAGAACGCUACACCAGGGCCGGCUAAAAAGCAGACGCUGCCUCCAUUUUCGGCUCCACUAGCCCCAAAUGUGAUCAAGGAGAGUCGCCAGAACUUGCAGGCGGCUCUUAAACGAGCUCGUUCUCAGCAGCAAAAGGUCAAGAGUGCUAAAAAAACUAAGCAGGAGGACGUUAAGGAACAGAAGCAUGAUGACCAAAUGUAUCAAACAAAGGAAUAUUUUAUGCAAUCUGUCAGUCUUUGCACUCAUACGGAAUACAAGCGCUUGAAGCUGGAACAGAGUGUUAUGUACAAACGAAAGCCAAAACUGAAUGCCAAAUUAAAGUAAUUUAAUGGGUAUAUAA